UGACCCAUCCAUUGUCAACUUGAAAACAAAAGAGUCCAGUCACUCGGAACAGGGACAGCGAGUUUCCAUCUCAGAGCAAGUUUUUGAACUGAACGCCAAAACAAAAUAAAUAAAAAUGACCACGGAACAUAACAGACCUGUCGGAGCGGACGAGCCAGCGGUUAAGAUUGAGCAGCAACUCAAGGCAUGCGUCGAUAGAUAUGUUGCCGAGAACCCAGGGUCCGGCCAGGUCAACAAGAGCGCGUCCGGGUCGCUGCCAGGCGGGACGACGAGAUCCGUUCUCUAUUACCAACCCUUCCCGUUGGCCUUCUCGGGCGGCCACGGCUGCCAUCUGACAUCGGUCGACGGCCACGAGUAUCUCGACUUUGUGUCCGAGUACUGCGCCGGCAUGUUUGGCCACUCGCACCCGGACAUCAUCGCCGCCGUCGAGAGCGUCACGAAGUCGGGCUUCACGCUGGGCGGGCCGACUCCCAUGGAGGGCGAACUGGGGGCGAUGCUCGUCGAGAGGUUCCCCAGCGUCGACGCCAUCCGAUUCUGCAAUUCGGGGACUGAGGCGAACACGAUGGCGAUAGCCACGGCUCUGCACUUUAACGGGCGGAAGAAGGUUCUAGUUUUCGAGAAUGGGUAUCAUGGCGGCACGCUUUCUUUCUCGCAGGGAAACCCGCUCAUUCUGCCUCAUGAAUUCGUCUACGGCCGAUACAACGACGUCGAGUUCACUCGGCCCAAGAUCACGCACGACAUCGGGGUCAUCAUCGUGGAGCCGAUGCAAGGCGCGGCCGGCAUGAUCGCAGGAGACGCAGAGUUCCUCCAGUUCCUCAGGGACGAGGCAACGCGGAUCGGCGCCGUCCUCGUCUUCGACGAGGUCAUCACGUCGAGGCUGCACUACGGCGGCCUGCAGGAGCACCUGGGCAUCACGCCCGACAUGACCACCAUCGGGAAGCACUUUGGCGGGGGCUUCUCGUUCGGCGCGUUCGGCGGCCGCGGGGAGAUCAUGGCGCUGUACGACCCGCAGUCGCCGCGCAGCCUCUUCCACUCGGGGACGUGGAACAACAACGUCUUCUCCAUGACGGCAGGCGUCGCGGCGACGAAGCUGCUGUCGAGGGCGGCCCUCGAGAGGAACAACGCGCUGGGCGACAGGCUCCGCCGCGGGCUCGCCGCGGCUUUCGCGUCCAGGGACGCGUCCCAGGUCAUCACGCUCACCGGCUUCGGGAGCGUCAUCGGCGUGCACUUCAAUGGACCAUCGGCCGACACGCUGCGGGACCUCUUCUUCUUUUACUUGCUCGGGAAGAGGAUAUACGUCGGUCGUCGGGGGUUCCUCGCCUUGAACCUCACGCACGGGGAAGAGCACAUCCGGCGUGUGCUCGAUGCGGUUGGAGAGUUCUGCGACGAGGUGUUGUGAGAGUCAAGAGUUCUGGAGAACUCUCGUAGGCUGCUGAACUGGUUGAAGUAGCGUUCAAUGUUUGGAAAAAAAUAAAUCUUUGAGAAUUGCUGGUCAUAAAUUCCAGCAAGCAACCCAGGUCAACGGAAUGUGUGAUGUCGAGCUGCAUGUAUUUAGACAUUUAUUAACUUCAAUUGGCCCCCCCAAGUACGGAUACAAGAGGCAGGGGUUUGUCUAU